GGCCUAAAACGUAUAUACCUUUGUAUUCUGGGAUCCUCUGCCUUGUGAUCCUUGUGAUUACAAGUACUUAAUCGCAAGUUCCUUUACGUCUGCUGGUAGAUUUACCAACAGGACAUGCAUUCUCAUGUUGUCAGUGGUGCAGGAGAUGUCCGAUAUGACUGUAAUUGUCAGGGAUUCUGAGGCAGCUGGCUUGUAGUAUGUUGGAACACCAUAAAUUUCAACAACAUUACCGAGACCCAUUCACAUUGACAUUCAAAUUGGAAUUCGCCAUCUUAAUAGUGUGAUACUGAGGUGACGUGACGUCAUUUCCAGGCGUGGUGGAGAUGGUUUUUUCAUAUUCAUCUAAGCGAUCUAGGCCGAGGUGAUAGGGAAGAAAUGUGUAGUUGUAAAUUAUUUAAUUUGUAAUCUAAUGGCGAAAUACAACAGGCUUUGUUAUUGCAGUAUUUACGUUCCCUUGAAGAUGUGUAAAGGAUCUUAUUCACGAGAAAGAGGAUGAGUGUCGAGGUUCAUAUUUGCCGAAGAAGAGAAACUUCAGCUACUGAUGUGCCUGACUGUGAUGGAAAUGUGACUCUAUAGUUUUCUGUUUUGUGCUUUGGUGUAGAUAUUAAUCUAAAUCAAGCAUGGCCUCUAAGAAUUUCUCUGUUUAUAUUUUUGGCGGAAAUGUUUGUUAAACCAGUUUAUAUUGUUAUAUGAAAGUAAUGGCAUUAACCACAGUUUGUGGUUUUUGGCAGGACCAGUGUUGUAACUAUAGGCUGUAUUUAUUCAGGGAUUAUGAUUCUUCAGUUGUGUUUAGGUGCUAGGACAAAGUGAUUUACAGUUCCUCAUAAUUGGUGAAAAUUCAAGUGAAACUCUUAAAAUGUCAUUCCUCAGCAACUUAAAGAAGGUUCUCCAUCUGGGUGGAGCCAAUGAAGCAAAGAAAAAGAAAGUGUUCAAUAAUAUUAAGAUGGACUGUAAUCCAGAGGAUUUCUGGGAAAUGGUUGGUGAACUAGGAGAUGGUGCAUUUGGAAAGGUUUAUAAGGCCCAGAACCUUCAAAAUGGCCGUUUUGCAGCGGCGAAGAUGUGUGCCCUUGAAGGUGAAGAUGAUCUCUCAGAUUUCAUGAUAGAAAUUGAUAUUCUUUCUGAAUGCAAGCAUCCAAAUAUAGUCGAUCUUCAUGAAGCAUUCUUCAAUGAUGGCAAACUUUGGAUGUUAAUUGAGUAUUGUGAUGGUGGUGCUUUGGACUCUAUAAUGGUGGAGCUUGAGAAACCAUUGACAGAGCCACAAAUUGCCUUUGUAUGUCAGCAAAUGUGCAAGGGGCUUGGGUUCCUACAUGAAAGCAAAGUGAUCCAUCGAGAUCUCAAAGCUGGAAAUGUCCUCCUCACUAUGUCUGGAGGAGUUAAACUAGCUGAUUUUGGUGUAUCUGCAAAAAAUAAAUUUACAUUGCAGAAGCAUGACACAUUUAUUGGGACACCAUAUUGGAUGGCUCCAGAAGUUGUUUUAUGUGAAACAUUUCGGGAUAAUCCAUAUGAUUUCAAGGUUGAUAUUUGGUCACUUGGAAUAACCUUAAUUGAAUUUGCUCAAAUGGAACCACCAAAUCAUGAAAUGUCGCCAAUGCGUGUACUGUUAAAGAUUCAGAAAUCAGAUCCUCCGAAACUGGAUCAGCCAUCCAAGUGGUCAAAGGACUUCAAUGACUUUAUUGCAAAGUGUCUUACCAAGGAUCCUAGUCAAAGGCCCACUGCAGAUGAUCUUCUAAAGCAUCCGUUUAUAAACUGUACAUUGGAUUCAAAACCAGUUCGGGAUUUGCUUCUUGAGUACAAAGCUGAGGUGGUGGAAGAAGAAUUAUUGGAUGAUGAAGCAGAGGAGCACCGCACGUCCCAGCUUCCCUUGGACCUGGACACUGGCGAAGAUGACUCAACCUCCCUCAAGAGUGACACUGAUAUGAAGAUGCCUGAGGUGGCAGCUCCGUCCGAGAUAAAGGAUGAGACUGAGGGUCUGAAGAGGGAAGCUGAGAAAGAGGUUGAUGUCAGUGAGAGAAAGAAGAGAAAGUGGGAAGAAGAAAAAGAUUCUAAUACUAGUGACAACAACAAAAUUGCAGUAACAAAGAAACUGUCUGAGGGUGCUGAGAAGCGAUCUUCACGUGAGAAAGGUCCUGCUCCUCCUCCGCCCAUAAUUGUUGCCAAAAUUGAGGAACCAGGGACAUUGGUGCCAGAUGAUUCUGGCUCCUCAUCUUCCCCAGACAGGACAUUGGUGACUGAAUCGUCAGAAUCUCUCUUCAACCCUGAACUGUCCUCUGUCCAACCUGAAUCAGGCAAGCAGCCCUCCAAUCAGCAGGAAUUUUCAUUACCAGUGUUGCCUAUAAAUGGUACCGCUCCAGCAACUUCUGUAAUCCGUCCCAGCCUUGGCAGGCAUUCCUCUUGGGAAGAAGGAGGUGACAAAGAAAGUAAAGUUGAACUAUCAGCCACAAAGACAUAUGAUAGGAAAGAUAACUCAGUGACACCACUGGACAAGCCAAACAUAGCACUAGUUACAACACCACCAGAUGAUAAACCAGUUGAAGUGGCAAGCAGUGCAUCUGGAGACAUUACAAUAUUUUCAGGUACAGUAGGUUCACCACUGACUGAUUCAGCAUUUGUGGAACCUAAGUUAAACAAGUCCACAGUAACUAUCACAACUGAUUUGCGUGAAGAUAUGAACUCAUCUGCUUUGUCUGGUAAUGUAACACAAGUGACAGUGGUGACAACACAUCCCCCUGUUCUUUUACCCCCAGUGGACAGCUCUAUCUCACUAAAGCCCCACUCUGAGACUUCCACAACUUCCCCCACAGUGACUGUGACAUCUGCUGGGGACAAGGGUAGUGAAGUGGUUAUUGUGGCCAAUGAAACAAAUAAAACGCAGAUCAAUGAAUCAUCAACAGAUGAUGACCAGUACCAGUCACUGGAUUCUCUCGAGUAUAGUUCAGAGACUCAAGAUCGGCCAAUAAAUAUUGUUAAGGGGAAGAAACUGGAUGAGAGUGAGGUCCUUAUUGUCAGUCCGAGUUUUGUCGACAUGGAUGAUGGAGAUGGCCUGGGACUAACGCAUCUGGACCCAGCACUGGAGGAUUCUACAGCAGACUAUGAUGAAGCUGUAGAUUUUGAGCAGUUGCAGGACACAAGUCACGUUUCUGUUGUGACAGUUGGAGAAGAGAAGGAACAUGUAAAAGAUUCUGCUUCUGUGGAUGGUACUGACACUAAAACACCUGGUUCACAUGGUGAUGGGCGGAGCAGCAAGAGUGAUUCUGGUACUGAGGAUGACUCUGUUCGAACAUCAAUCCUAGUAGAAGGCAUGGCACUUGGUGCAACGGAUGUUGACCGGUUCACUGAAAUCAGGAGGCUGAAUGGGGAAGUGACUGAGCCAUUACGGCAGGACAGUGAGGAGGUGUUGAUUGUUGUAAAUAACUCCACCAAUGUACAAAGAAGGGGUAAGGAGAAAAUAGAUCACACUCCAGUCCCCAUGAAGGAGAAAUGCUCGUCACCUGAAUACUAUGAGAGCUCAACAUCUCAUUCUGAGAGUGGGUCCACAAGAAGUAGUGGUCAGAGAACUCCACCUUCAUCACUAAGCAAAGCUAUUGAUAGAUCUGAUGCUGAGAGUGUGUCAACCACCAUCAGUCAGGACAGCCGAGGAAGUAAUAAGGAGAACAGGCAAGGUCGAGAAUCUCGAAACUCACGGGAUUUAGAUGAAGAAGUUGUGUUGCGACGCAAACCAGAAUAUAAUAGGGAAGUAAAUCGCAGUGGCCGUACUAAAGAAGAUAUUCAGAUGAUGAACCUUAAGAAGAAAACUCGCAAAAGAACCCGCAAGUUUGAAAUUGAUGGUGUUGUAGUAACAACCACCACUAGCAAAGUUAUUUAUGGUGAUGAAGAAAAUGGAAAGGUGUAUGAUGACCACAUAUUCAGGAAGCAAGAACUCAGGGAAUUGAAGAUGCUGCAGAAACAAGAACAGAAACAGUUUCAAGAUCUGUCAUUCAAAGCACAGUUUGCGAAAGACCAGCAGGACAAGCGGUUUGAGCAAGAGAAAAUGACUUUGUUACGAACUUAUGAAUCAGAUCUUGAUACGUUAGUUCGGCAGCAAAGGCAGCAAGUUGAGAAGGCAGAGAUGCAGCAGGAGGCAGACUUACGUGUGUCUUCAAAGAAGAUACGUGCAGAGCAGGAAAGGGAGCUGAAACAGUUCCGAGAUGGUCUUAAGCAGGAACUACGCUUGCUGAAACAAGAAGUUGAUCUCAUGCCAAAGGAAAAGCGCAAGAACAUUUUCAGGGUUAGAAAGGAGAAAUUGGAGGCUGAUCAUGAAGAAAGAGAAAAACUAUUUCUGGAGAAGCUUAAUGAGAACCAUGAAUCUUCUCUGCGACGACUGAGUGACACCCACAGAGAGAAAAUAGCUCUUAUGGAACGGCAGUUCCUGCAACAGAAACAACAGUUAAUGCGCGCAAGAGAAGCAGCCCUGUGGGAGUUGGAAGAAAGACAAAUACAUGAGAAGCAACAGCUUGCCAAGAGACAGCUGAAGGAUAUCUUUUUCCUACAGAGGCACCAGAUGCUGAUCCGCCAUGAAAAAGAACUGGAACAAAUUAAACGUAUGAACCAGCGGAAGGAGGAGGAGCUUAUAAAACGACAAGCAGUUGAGAAGCGUGCUCUUCCAAAGCGAAUUCGUACUGAAAUGAAAGCUCGAGAGAUGAUGUUUCGUGAGUCAAUGCGUAUUAGCAUGGCUUCUCCACCUGAUCCAGAUGAGGAGAGGGAGAAGCUUAAGAAAUUUCAAGAAAAUGAGAAGAAACGUUACCGGGCAGAGCAAACACGGUUUGAGGUGAAGCAUGCACGCCAACUUGAGGAACUUCGUGCAACAUCUGAAGCAACUAUCAAAGAAUUGGAACAGCUUCAGAAUGAGAAGCGCAAGAUGCUAAUGGAACAUGAGACCAUGAAACUGAAGGAACAGGAAGAGGCUUACAGCCGUGAGUUGAAGGAAUGGAAGGGUCAGCUGAAACCUCGCAAGCAGAGAUUAGAAGAACAGUUUGCACAGCAGUUAGAAGAUCAGGAGCAGGUGUUUGGGCCAUCACCACCACUGCCAGCUGAUCUGCCAGACCUACCAGUCCAUGAUCGUACCCAUCACAUAGGAUCAACCCGUAGCAGCCUCUCUUCUGUGUCAGAAGGCUGAUGGGUAGUUUUUGUCUGCCACUUAUGACCUAUAUAUCAUGGCCUCUUCACGUGCCCUGGCCUGUGAUACAUAGCAUACAAGUUGGUGCAAGAAGACUCAUCCAUGUCAAGAAAUUGGCUGCCAGUGAGAAAGUGGCCCAUAAACCCAAUAAGUUAUGAAUUGGCUGUGUUCUAAAGACAUUCUUUCAUCAGCAGUUCCUGUAUGUCGUAUUGUUCAUACAUUAGAUUGCUCAUGUAAUUUUAUUUUUUUCUCAGUUCCACUUUAUAAUACGGAUUUUUAAACAUGCAGUCCAGCUUUGUUGCCCCCAUUUAAUGUGCUUCAGCACAUUCUCUUACUGCUAUAUUGUGUAUUAACACAUUCACUGCCAGGCAUUUAAAGAGCCAUUUCCACAUUGCUGUGAAGAAAUUUGCGUAACUAAAAAUCUGAUGUGUAGAUUUUAAUUACAUUUAGCCAUUUCCUGGUAUAGAGCAUCCUUGAAAUUGGAACAUGUACAUUUUGUUUCACUCCUGAUAUUCUUCUUGCAUAUUCUGUAGUCUCUUUGGAUUAGUUUUCUUCAUUGUUGGUGGUAUCUUGGUUAAUCUAUGGUUUACUGAUUUCCCAUGUAAUCUUCUGUUGGUAUCCUUCACUGGAGCUCUGUUUUGGUAGCUUACGUGACCUUGUUCAUAGAUACAGGUUCCAAACUGAUUGACCAAAUCUGUCAAAUAUUUAUAUAUGUAUAUGGGGAAAUAACUUCUUCUGUGACAUCUGGAAGGAAGUCUAGUCACCUUUUGCAUCGUGUCAUGCAUCUUCAGGGGUUUCAAGGUUUCAUUAUCUUUUUAGGCUAUCAUAGGGUCAUAUUGCUGCAAUAAGACUGAAAUUUGUUUAAAUCAAUAUCUGGAUUAACUUUACGCUGUUAUAAAAUUUGUUUGUGUGGGUAUGGUGUCUUUAUGUUCAUAUACAGAGCGUUCAAUCAUCGAGGAAACCGGGGGAGCAGCAUGAGUCAGAUACAACCUUACUCACAGAUUGCUGCUGUAACUGCUGAUAACAGAAUGAGUCAUCAGCGCUGAUAAACGCUUUUCACUAUAUAAUGGAACUUGCUGUAUAGCGUGAGGAUUUUACAUGCAUAAUUAGUUCAAUUGCUGUGGAUCAACUUUAGAAAGUGUCGCAUAAUUUAUUUAUGCAAGCAGAAGGGGUCACUUCCAACACCUGUUAUAACGCAUGGUAAGUUUGCUAUCUUUUUACAGUAUUCCUAUAAAUGUUUGGAUGUACAGAAACUGAUGUGAGGGAAUCAGUGACACAAUUGCACUCUCACUAGCAGGGAAGGGUACAGUGGUCACGGAGAAAUGAUUCAUCCACUAUAUACUAGCGAGAGUGUGUGCGUUUAUCAGCGCUGAUGACUCAUUCCGCUAUCAGCAGUUACAGCUGCAAUCUGUGAGAAAUUUAUCUGAUCAGUGCUGCUCCCCUGGUUUCCUCGAUGGUUGAACGCACUGUAGUUUGAGCAGGUUGAUCUUAUAGAGGAUCACUAACACCAUCAUGAAUAUAUAGAUUACACACACCUUAGAGCACCCUAAUAGACUAAUUAUAUCAUAAUCCCAUUGUUUUCAAGCCUGCCAAGAUUGCACACCUGAAAAAUAUCAGUGGCUUUUUCAUUUCAGUUUGCUUUUGUCAGUGCCCAAUUUUUAUGAUGGAUUGUACACUGUCUUGAAGAGUGUAGAAGUGUGCUCAAGCAAAGGUCUUAUGUUGCAAAGUUUGCCUUCCUUGCAUUUGUUUUUAUCACUGAAAUCAUGAAGUUGUGACAUAGAAUAUUGGUGUUGCCAGUAUUCUUCACUCUUCUUCACAAUUAUACAUUUCUUUAUAAUUCCAGUGAGGAUCCACAGUUUAUGAGUUUUUUUCAAUCAAGUUGAUGUGAUGAAACUGUGUUAAGCUUAAAAUCUUGCCAGGUUUCAGAAACUUAUCUGCACAAGAGUUCGUUUCUCCAUGAACUGUCAUGAGAAGAUCAGUGUGUAAAAAAGACUUUGAACUAUUCUGCACUUUAUGAAACAUUGUCAGUGUAAAUUUCCUGCCAGUAUAUGCAGUGAAUGGACAUGUAGGGUGGAUAGGUGGUUGUCUGCAUGUGCACACAAUGAUGAAACUGUACCAGUUUUGGCAGUGAAUGUAUUAAUAGUUGAGACAAAGUUAGCACCUUUUGUAUGAUUUUAUGUCUGAGAAUAGUGAAGUUAAUUGACCCUUCAUAAUUCUGUCAACAAAAUACAGUGUCAUGUUUCUGCUGCUGUUGGAUGAUUCACGGUCCCUCCAUUUCCAGUAAAGACAGACUUCAGUUAACUAGAGGCAUUCACAUGAAAUUUUAAGAUCAUUCAGAUUUUGCGAGCUCCCAUAUUUAAAUUUUCUAGGCAUUUAGUAUUUUCCAAAUGUUUUCUGCCUGAUAAAGAAUUUUUCAAACAGGUCCUCCCACCCUUUAGACUUUUAGUUUCUUACAUAUUUUGUUCUGCACAGAGCAUGUAAAGUGAAUGAAUAAUGAGCUAUUAUGUCUGUCAGUCCAUGCAUCCAUCCAUUUAAUCUUCAGAACUGCUUAGUAAUGUGACAAAUUUUAUUUGAACGAAUGUAACCUGUACUGUAUGAAGUUCAGACUUGACUAAAUUGCUUAGAAAGAGAACUUUCUGAAACCGUUUUUCUCUAUAUUGUGUAUUUAACAAAAUAUAUAGAAAAAUAACUUGUUUCUCUGGUUAUUGUAACAUGUCUAACUUUGUGAACAACAAAAAUUACAGCUCUUUAUGAUGCAUUAUCUAUAUUGCUGGUUAGAUCUGCAAUAAAUGAACAGCUAGACAAAUGUCAUAUACACAACCACAAAGAUCACACUUGAAAAAUGCCCCCCCCCCAACCAAAAAAGGAGAAUGUAUGGUCAAAAUAUAAUAUGGAAAGAAAAAUAUAAAUACAAACAAAGAAGUCAAUUCUCAAUGGUUCUGAUUAUAAUACAUAACACCAAGGCUCACUGGGUUCCUUGACUUCGUCCAUCAUCUAAUAUUCUUAAAGAACAUGUUCCAUAAAUUGGACGUUUCCAUCCAAAAGUUAAAGGAUGGGGAAGCAGCUAGAGAUUAGCUCUAUGUAACAAACCCAACUGAGAAGUGCCUCCCACCUUCUGCUAGAUGAUGGGAACAGAUCCAGUUCCCAAAGUGUGUUGCUUUAAAUAUUAGAGGAUGGUUGAAGUCUUAUAAAUUCAGUAAACCCAACAGAAAAGAAGCAAGCAAUUCAGUCACACAGUUACUCGUAGUAGUUUAUAGAAGUUUGCUCAUAAAAGGGGCAAGAUUGGUAUAAGUACAUUGUUUUAUACACGCUCUUUAAGAGAGAACAGUAAUGCAGAAACUGCAGUUUUAGUUCCAGAACUGGAUAGUACUGUGGUAUUGUGAAGUAGCAUUACAUUAAAAGGAGAAUUUAUUCACAAACUGAACUAUAAUUGUGAUCUUAGUUUCCUGGAGACAGCAUUAUGAUACACAACCAAAAUAGAAUUACCAGCUUCAAAUAAAACAGUCUGUAACAUGAUCUAAGUUUGAUAUAAAAUGUGCCAGGUUCAUCAUAAAACUUUUUUGAUGGAAUUAUGGUUGUUGCUUGUUUUGUGUGGACAGUUACACUUAAGACUUCUUCCCUCUUUACCUGCAUUUAUCAUUCCUAGAUCAGUUCGUUUAAAACUUUUAUAUCUUCAUUAACAACAGUUUGUAGAAUUUUAGUACAUUUGCUUUUCAUUUAUUUUAAAAUUUUUUGGAGAGUUUGUAUGUCAUUAAAUGUGAAAAUAGUGUUUAAUGCUGGGUUGUGAAAUGGCACAUAAUAUAAAUAUUUACAUUUGCCCAGUAAUUUAUUUUGGCUCUUAAUUUAACUAGUAGCCUUGUAAUUUUUUUUACUUGACCACUCUCCAUAGUUAAUAAUGUCAGGAGUAAGAACAUGUUGUUUACUCUCAUUUGAAUUGCUUCCCUUUUCUAAAAAUGGUCAGAAAAUGCAGUUUUAGUCAUUUGCUAAAAGAAAUAGAGAACAGUAUUUGAGAAACCAGUAUUUUGAUGUUAUAAUGGACUUCUGUUGAACAGUCUCUUUCAAACCAGAUAAAUGAAGUGCAACAUGAACACUGUUCACUUCUGACGCAUGUUUUAGACCAUCCUAUUGGUGUGCAACAUGUGACAACAAUCAGCCCUGCUCUCAGGUAUUAUCAAUUGGAAUUGGAACAUGAUUAAAUUCAUAUGGACAUUAAACUUUUCUGGGAUACAGAAGACUGUACACAAGAGUGAAGUCAACAGUAGAGCACAGGAAAUUGUAUCCCAGUUGUCACUUUCCAGCUUACUGACUUCUCAUAAGUGAAGCUAUAGUAAAUAAUAUUGAAUAUAUAUUAUUUUAUGUACUAAGUUUAUAUUGAACAUUAUUGUUAUCUGCUAUUCUUACUGUUUCUUUCUAUCAAAAUAUGAACUAUAGAAAGUGUAUUAAGUCUUUCCAUGAGUGUCAGUCCAUGACUCAUAUCCCUUGAAAACAUAAAUCAGUGAGAAAACUUAACACAAUGCAUUUGUAUGCAAGAACAAGCUGUAGCAUUAAAAGGGUUCAAAUUAAAAGUGUAGCACUCUUUAUAUAUGACACUAGAUUCCAUGUUAAUUUUUCUUUAAUAUUUUUAGCUUGACCAUUCUGUAUACAUUGGCUUGUAUGGAGAAAGGGAGGACAUGUUCUCUUCCUGAAUGGUGCACACCUUUAAAAUUAUGAUGCUGUUAGUAUAAAGUUGUAUAUUUGCUUAUUUGUUAGUCAGACUGAGUAUAUGUGUGUAUAUGAAUGAUCAUCUGGUAUGAAGCUUCAUAUGUACAUAAAUAUUAUACCUAGAUUUAUAUGCACACAUUGAUAUAUGUAUAUACACUGCAACAUUUGAAGAAAUGUAGUAAAAUAGUUUUAAAAUGAAUGUUUGAGUCUGGAAGUAAUCCAGGAAAAGUUGAACUGAAGACUUUAGUUUGAAGUCAUUGAAAGUUUGCCAAUCAUUUGCUCAGUUAAAAGGAAAAUAAUAAUAAUAAAAGUAAACUAAAAUAAAUGAUUUAGAUGGCUAUUCUGUAUGAAUUUUAUUAUAAAAAGAUGUGACAUUUGGAUUUAUUUUCUUGUCUGGAGUGGUUCUGACACAAUGGAACCAAGCUUGGUACUCACUUGUGCAAGUUUCAUGCAUAUGUUCAUAUAUAAAACAUUUUUCAUUUUCAUUUUCACUUGUGUACUUGCCAUUGUCCUGACAAGUUAAACUUUAAAAGAUGCAUUUGUUAUGUAUAUGUAGAUUAUUACUUUUAUAUUACUCAAUUACAUGUUUUCAGCAUUAUGUCCCCCCGCCCACAACUGUGAACUUAAAUGGUUUGCAUAUUUUUCUGUAGUUUGCGGAAGGCACCUUGUCAGCUUCAUACAUCUUACAAAAUUCUUUGUUGUGCCACAUCAAUUCAUUACUCAGAAAGGAAUUUACAGAGGCUCAGAAUUUAUAAUAACUGGAAUAAGGUGUGUUACUGUUUUUGUGGUUAUUGUUUAACCAUUUCCUCGUUUUAGACAUGAUCAGUCGUGUAUAUUGUGAACACCAGUUUCAGUAUCAGUUAGGUAUGCUAUUCUAGUGUUGCAUCAUGUUUUAUAUUCUGUUGUCUCUGGAUGAGUGUUUAGAUCAUUUGGCAAUAGUACCCAUCCUUGUGUGUUGUUUACAUAGAGGGAUUCAUUCAACAAACAGUUCCACAACUAAAACAGGGGCUUUUCUGCAUGCUUCCUGCAGUCAGUACAAGGUCUGAGUGAGAGCCGUGGAACUUCUGUGUUUUAAUUACAGAACAAAAACCUUAAAGCCAGCUUGGCAGUGUAUUUAAUCUGUCUGUUUUGACUGUUGAAAUAUUUGAAGAAUGAUCCCCACUCUAUAAUUACUAUUAACAUUUAUAUGUCUGAUCUGGCACAAUUCCUUCACCUGAAGAGGAAUCUAGCCCCAGAGUGAAUCUUUCCCAUACUCCUGGAAAAAUGUGUUAAGCAAACCCACAAGUGGACCAGUAAAAAGGACAUAGAAUUGGGAGCGGGUAAGGUAAUUGCUUAUCCAGUAAUAUUUAUGUUAUGUAUUUUGUAACAUACAAUAAAAUAGUUGUGUAUUAAGUUCUAGUUGGCAAUUCUGUAUUGCUAACCUGUAUUUGUUAAUAUUCUGUUGCCCACAAACUUACGUAGUUUGUAUUUCAGUCAUUAUUAAUAAAUUAAGAUGAUAGUA